AUGUCAAGUUCUUUACCUCAGCUAACGCUCGUGGUUGCUGCUACACUCUCAAACGGAAUCGGAACAAAGGGAAAUCUUCCAUGGAGGCUGUCUCGCGAAAUGGCUUAUUUUGCCAAAGUUACCCGCGAGGGUGGCCCACGGUCGUCCAGCCCAAACACGGUGAUCAUGGGCCGCAAGACAUGGGAGAGCAUUAAGCCACAAUAUAGACCACUUAAAGGGCGCCUAAACGUCGUGAUUAGCAGCUCGAUAACAAGUGUUCUUGGACAACAAAACGUUACGUUCGAGAUUAGAGACGACUUGGCACCUCUUUCGGCAUCGGAACACCCGGCUCUUCUGGCAUCUUCACUCGACAAUUCAUUGUCUAGCAUGGAAGCUGGAAAUGUUUUUGUCAUUGGCGGAGCUUCGAUUUACGCGCAGGCACUCGAACAUCCUGCAACAACUCGGAUCCUGCUUACCAGGAUCCUAGAGCCCGCUUAUGAAGAAUGCGACGUAUUCUUUCCCGAACUCAAAGCUGAUGAGUGGACUCAGGCCGAGCAUACAGAUCUGGAGAAGUGGGUCGGAUUCGAGGUCGCCAAAGGGGUGCAAGAAGAGAAAGGGAUCAAGUAUGAGUUUCAGAUGUGGGUCAAGAAACAGGACUCGAGUCCGUAA